AUGCGUCAUUUUAAUUAUGAUUUGCAUGAAAUAAAUGUAGCCAUUAAUGACGAAGAAAGCGCGGCCAAGAUAAAGAAAAAAAUCGGAGCUGAGAUGAGUUUGAAAAACUUGAAAAGAUAUGCUACAGUCAGCUUCAUUGAUUGGUUCGUUCGACGUCACGUGAUCAGACCGGAUCUAAAUCGUCACGAGUCACCUCUCGUCUCUACUCCGCCCUUCUCUGUCCCAUUCUACUCUACUCCAUUCGUCUCUGCUCUGCUCCACUCCACUCCACUCCACUCUACUCUACACUGCCCUUCUCUGUCCCAUUCUACUCGUCUCCAUUCCCUCUUCUCUCCCACUCUUCUCCCUCCCUCUGCCCUUCUCUGUCCCUUCUCUGUCCCACUUUACUCAGCUCUACUCCCCCUCGUCUCUGCUCUGCCCCCUCCCACUUCACUCUCACUCUCUCUCCACCCUUCUCUGUCCCAUUCUACUCUACUCCAUUCGUCUCUGCUCUGCUCCACUCCCUCCACUCCUCCCUCCCUGUCCCACUCUCCAUCUGCCCUUCUCUGUCCCAUUCUACUCUACUCCCUCUCUACUCUGCUCUUCUCCCUCCCUCCAUUCUCCAUUCCGUCCCCUUCUCUGUCCCUCGUCUUUACUCUACUCCACUUCUUCUCUGCCCCUCUUCCCCAUUCCACUUCUCUGCUCUGCUCUGCUCCACUCCACUUCCCUUCUCUGUCCCACUGCCCUUCUGUCCCUCCAUUCGUCUCUACUCUGCUCUUCUCCCCUCCAUUCCAUUCUCUGUCCCCUUCUCUGUCCCUUCUCUGCUCUUCCUACUCCCUCAGCUCUGCCCUUCUCUGUCCCAUUCCUCCACUCCCUUCUCCACUCCACUCCAUUCCGCCCUUCUCUUCUUCCAAUCCGCCAUUAACUCUCAGUUCUUUAUUGUCCACUGAAUUUCUUUUCUUAUAA